AUGGCACCGGCAACGAAAACGAAUGGAGAUAACUCUCACAUAGUGGAAGCGUUGAAUCUCCUCCGGAGCAGAAUCUGCGACACCGGUUUCAUCUUCAAAGACUCUCCAGACGGAAACUACAGCAAGUUGAAAUUCAUGAUUUCGAGUUCAGUAGCGGAGGCGUGUAACAAUUCCAUUCUUCUCCUCGGUCCACGUGGCUCCGGGAAGCUUGCGGUUUUGGAUCUUGUUCUUCAGGAUUUGUUGAUUCAGUAUCCAGAUUCCAUUUCAGUGGUUAGGUUGAGUGGGCUUUUACAUUGUGAUGACAUCUCUGCAUUCAAGGAAAUAGCUAGACAGUUAUGCAUGGAACAUCAAUUGCUAUUCUCAAAAGCGGCAUCAUUUGAUGACAACUCCCAAUUUAUGGUAGCUGUGCUAAAAGAAUGCGGACUAGCACAUAAAUCUGUAAUUUUCAUUUUGGAUGAGUUUGACCUCUUUGCUCAGGGUAAACAGCGGUUACUUUAUAGCUUGCUAGAUGCAAUGCAGUCGGUAUCAUCACAAGCUGUAGUAGUAGGCAUUAGUUGCCGUCUGGAUGCAGAUCAGCUACUGGAGAAAAGAGUACGAUCUCGUUUUUCACAUAGAAAGCUGUUGUUCUUACCACCUUCAAUAGAAGAUUCACAAAGAUUAUUGGUGCAUAUGCUGACAUUGCCAAUAGAUUCAAGCCUUCCUUCUGAUUAUGCUGUUCAAUUUAAUAAAAAAGUUCAAAAUAUUAUAGAAGACAAAAAGUUCAAAGAAAUCUUCACUAACUAUUUGAAUUUUGACUCCUCUGUCAAACAUUUGUUGAGGUUCCUGUUCUAUGCAGUCUCUCAUAUGGAUAUGCAGACUGGGUUUCUGUCCAGGGAAAACUUUGAAACUGCGUAUUCAAGCAUCCAGAGACAGCCCAAACUAGAAUGUUUAAGAAAUUGUUCCAUUUUGGAACUAUAUAUUUUGGUAUGCAUGAAGAAAUUGGAAGUUAAAGAGAAAAGUUUAUGUAACUUCAAUGCAGUAAUGAAAGAGUAUAAAAACAUACAUGAUUCUUUCCAGACUUCUGAUUACUAUGCACGGAACGUCUGUUUAAGGGCAUUUGAACACCUUAUACACCGCGAACUAAUAUGUUUCACAGACAAUAGAGGACAUAGUUUAUCUGUUGAAUUUCGUCCUGUAAAGCUAUUAAUUUCAUCUGCUGAACUGUAUCAAGGACUAAAGGCUUAUCAUUCUUGCCCCGCUAUCCUUCAAAAGUUAAUAGAACGUGACGGCUAA